AGGUGGCACCUGUGGGUGAGCAGGGGGCCUGCGAGCGACAUGUCCUCGGUGGUUGAGGCGGUACGGCCCGUGGCGCUGUCUGAUUGAGUCUGGGGCGGCCUGGUGGCCGGCCGAAGACGAGGGUCGGCCUGGGCUGUCCCCGCAGUGGUGGCCGCCAUGCUGGGGCCCCAGGCUGUAGAAAGAGCCGCUGUGGCGCUUCUGCGACUGCUGCUCCUGCUGCUCCCGGCGCUCCGGGAGCCUUGGCUCGGCGUGCCCGGCGCGGCUGGGGCCGGGCUGCCUGAGAGCGUCAUUUGGGCGGUCAAUGCGGGCGGCGAGGCGCAUGUGGACGUGCACGGGAUCCACUUCCGCAAGGACCCUUUGGAAGGCCGGGUGGGCCGAGCCUCCGAUUAUGGCAUGAAACUGCCAAUACUGCGCUCCAAUCCUGAGGACCAGAUCCUGUAUCAAACAGAGCGGUACAAUGAGGAGACUUUUGGAUAUGAAGUGCCCAUCAAAGAGGAGGGGGACUACGUGCUGGUGUUGAAAUUUGCUGAAGUCUACUUUGCACAGUCCCAGCAAAAGGUAUUUGAUGUACGAUUGAAUGGCCAUGUCGUGGUGAAGGACUUGGAUAUCUUUGAUCGUGUUGGACACAGCACGGCUCAUGAUGAAAUCAUCCCUAUGAGCAUCAGAAAGGGGAAACUGAGUGUCCAGGGGGAGGUAUCUACCUUCACAGGGAAACUCUACAUUGAGUUUGUCAAGGGGUACUAUGACAAUCCCAAAGUCUGUGCACUCUACAUCAUGGCUGGAACAGUGGAUGAUGUACCAAAGCUGCAGCCUCAUCCAGGAUUGGAGAAGAAAGAAGAGGAGGAAGAAGAAGAAGAAUAUGAUGAAGGGUCUAAUCCCAAAAGACAGACCAAUAAGAACCGGGUGCAGUCAGGCCCCCGCACACCCAACCCCUAUGCCUCGGACAACAGUAGCCUCAUGUUUCCUAUCCUGGUGGCCUUUGGAGUCUUCAUUCCAACCCUCUUCUGCCUCUGCCGGUUGUGAGAAUAAGUGACCAUCCUGAGCAGGGUGGAGGGGAGUGGGAAAGAAGCCAAACGUGUCGGUUUUGGUUUCUAUAUUUUUCACAAUAAUUAACAACCCCCCUGCUCCCCCCCCCCCCCAAAAAAAGCAAAACAAAAACCCACAGACACAAAAGUUAAAGGAGAUAAAAAGAGGCAGAGUGAGUGGAGAAUAGCUUUCAUCCACCACCUGGUCCCAGACCUGCUUCAGUCCUAGUCUUCUUUGUGGCUGGCCCCUGGCUGUCUCUUUCUUCUCUGGGGUACUUAAGGUAAAUGGAUCCUUCCUGACAAGGAUCCUCAUUUAUAUACUUAGUAGAAAGGACUCAGAACUCAGAGGAGUCUCAAUUCCUUAUUUAGAUUAGAAUUUAGCAGCAAGGAAAUGUCAUCUUUAUUACCUGAGAAGACCAGCAAUGGGAGCUGGAUAUAUUCUGAAGUCAUGGCCGCGUGGCCAUUUUCAGAUGUCCUGGGAUUCAAAGCAUGUGUGUGUGUGAAGGUAUAUAAGAUGGAUGGAAAAGACAAAAGGAAUUGAAACAAGUUUUUUAAAAAGUAAAUGCUUCCAUACUUGGAAAGCUUUCUGGAUUAAUCCACUGAUGGGUCCAUCUCAAGUAUUUGAGCUUUUAUCAUUACUUAUCUCCUUGACGUGCUAGUUAGAGGACUGUCUGGUAUCCAAGACGCUUAGUUUAUGUCAGGUCCUCAAAUUGCCUCUGACUUGUUACCACAGCAAAUCAUUUUUAUUUCAGUGCCUCUUGGGGACUUGAUUUCUUCUCAGUUUUUUUCUUAAUCUGGCUUAUUUUCUUCUCCCUGUUAACUAUCCCACUAAGUUAUUACCAAAAAAGGAAGGACAUGUGGGGAUUUCGUUCUCUCCUUGAAUGUCUUACCCUCUACCACCUCACCUUGUUGGUAUCUCCCUCUCUGGAUCUCUGAGCCAGCAGCCAGGAGGACCUGACCCAGCAGUUCAUUACUGGCCCUUUUGUAGGGUCUUGCUGCCAGGGGACAGGGACGCUUUCCAGCCUGCAGCACCAGAACACUUGACCUUAAAAGUCUCUUCUGGUCUUUGGAUUAGAAAAGGCUUAUGUUAGCAUAAUUUAAGAGCAACCUCAGAGACUUGAGCCCUACUAAGUGACUGACCACUGUUUAGAAUGUCUAGUAUCUGAUGUUCGUUUAUCCCCAUUCCUUUGUCACAGUUCAACCAGGAACUAGAUUGCCCCAGGGAACGAGAGUGAUUGGCUGUAUUGGCCCAGCAGUUUCUUGUUGAUCUUAAUACUAUUUGCCUCUGUCCUUUUAUCUCCUUAUCCAAGUAGCAGUCAGGUUCUUGGCAUGAUGGGGCCAAAAGAUUCCCAGUUGGCCAUAACCCUGGUAGCUCUCAAAGCUAACUUUAGCAUCUCAGUGUCUUGUCUCGAAUUCCUGGCAAAUUUUCUGCAGGAAAUGUUCUUGAAGUGUUCCCUGUUCUCCUGCUUUCUGAUCACUGUCAUCCAUUUCCCAGUUAGGGCAACAUGAGGUAGGAGGCAGCCAACCCAAAAGGAAUUUUGAGGAUAGGAGGCAGCAGGAUUCGAUUCAGCGUGGGCUAGAGCAGUGUAGGCCAGGGCCAUCUUCAUAGAAUGUGUUUAAUGUUGAGUUUGCCUUAUUUGGAGCUCCAUAUAUUUGAACUGUUCCUUAUGUGACAAAGUAAAUAAGUCUUGGGCUCAUGUCCUGGGUUUAGCUCUUGGUGAUUACUCCAGGCCAGCGUUUAGUCAUUUGAGAAUUGUAACCCCUUAUUUUUGCUGUGACUUGGGCCUCAGUCCUAAGGUACUAAGUCAGGCAGCUGGAUGGCUGUGGCCUGAAGCUGCAGUCAGGAGCAUUUCCCAAAGUGUUUCCGAAGUUUCUCUCCUUUUAAAGGUUGAGGUACUGUAGCCUUGUUUUGGGGGACCACCUUCCUGGGAUGGUGGAUGUCCUGACUAGUUGGGCUUCUGAUGGUGGCUUUGGUUCCUGUUCCAUCACAACUCCCAAAGCUGUGGGCCACUGCCAGUGGAUUAGACAAAAUGAAGGACUAGUUGCCUCCAUUUUGCCUUGCUUUGUUAGUUUGCCUGGAUUUCUGAGGAAGGGGGAGGGUCCCACCUCCUCACCUCAGCCCAUCCCUUCGGUGACUCAGGGUCUCAGAAGGAAACCCUGACUCCUGGGGCCAUUUCCUAAUGGUACUGUAAGCCAAGCAGCUUUGCUUCUGCCUGUUUCCAAGCCCGCUCCUUUCCUCAGGGAUAGGGAUGGGUGCUUUCCUCUCUGGUUGUGUCCAAAAGGAAGGAACAUCUUUCUGUGGCUAACAAAAGCUAAAGAGGAAGUGAGGAAAUGGGAAGAAGCAUGGUGGGGGCUGGGGUAGAUUCCCCUGGAGCCAAGCCCACCCAGCUAACAAGAGCUGCCUAGGGCUGGUGACAGCCAGCUUGUCAUGCUCAACUUGAAAGCUUUUUUUGUUUGUUUUUUUGGCUCCUCCAAGAUGAUAUAGGUACGUGAAGUUUAGGUUAAAGGAAUGGGAUGGGGUGUGCUUUAUUUUUAUUUUUGUAUUGUGUAUAUCAAGAAUUACUUGUUCAUCUUUGCUUUUUGCACUGUUUGUUCCCCUCUCUCUGUAUUUUGAGCUAGUGAGAGAACCGAGAGGCUGUUCUUACUUAUGGUGAGGGAGGAGAGGCCUGGGGAUUUCUACUCGAUUUACACUGUCCCGGGUUUUAGGGGCCACUGAGCCCAGCUGGUCAAGAUAACAACAGGAGUGCGCCUCUAGAGCAGUUUCUGUGAGCACCACGCAGAGAUGUCUGCUGAAGAUGGCUGAGAGUCUGCAGCCUGGUCUGGUUUGGGCCAAGGGCCAGCCAGUCUCUAAUUGGACUGUUGGCGUCUUACUCACGCUGACUGAAACAUUGUACCAAGAAACUAUCUAUGGGAUCCAUGUCCCCUAAACCAAAUCUGUUUUUCUGAAAAGUCUCCACUCUUGAGCAGAAGUUGCUCAGUGGAUACCCUGAGCUCUGGUGAUUUAAAAGAUAAUCCUCAAGUGACAGUGGUGUCAGACUCCCAGGAGGACCAGCUCUGACCUGCAAGGCCGUCAGUGGCUUGAGGGUGUGGUCAUGCUGUCUUGCUCCCACUGACCUGGAGAUACUGCAGUCACGUUAGAGGUCUUGUGGGCUUUGAUGGAAUGGGGUAGUUUUAAGUUAAGCUUAUCUCCCCCCAUCUGUACCUACAACUGUUUGAUCCAGUUUUGGAAGUGUGGCUUGACUUCUUUAUCUUUUUGGAGAAGCUUCUGUUUUAAGGAAUUUCUCUUUUGUCCUGCCUAGGCUCUUCUGGAAAGCCCUAACCCUGGCUUCUAGAAUCUCAGCCGAGAACUCCAGAAAAACAGCAGCAGUAUUUUCCUUUUCCUAGCAUUUAGGUCCCUUUCCCUAGAAAUUGGCUCACCAGAGGAUGCCCAGGGAAAGAACUAGCAGGUUCUCUCCCCUCCUUGGGGAUUGGGGAAGGACCCACCCCGGUCAGCACAGUGCCUUUUCCUCUCCUGCUCUGAGCCAGGGUGGGCAUUCCCUCUAGAUUCAGGUGUGUGUGGGGGUCCCACAGUCCCGGUUGCGGGCCUGCUUCCCUAUGCCCCGUCCCCUUGGCUGGCCUUCUCUUACUUAAUCCAAGUGUCUUCUUGCCUUGAGGAGCCUUAAUGGCAUCAAGUGGUAACAUGUAACAUUGCCCUCCAUGCCUCCCAAAGGACUUAGGAGAGCAAGUGAGAGGCUGAUAGAUGCUCCUGUUUGUCUGUUUUUUUAAGACGGGGCUGGGGGCUUUGGGCCUCCUGCUGUGGCCCCUGAGGAAGGAGACUGGGGUAAGAGUGAGUGAGAGUGCACUGAAGCAGAACCGGAAAUACCCAGGAUCUAUUCAGAAAUCUGCCUCUCUUUGAGGGGGGGAGAUAAAACUAGGGAUCAAAGAGCUCUUAAGAAAAUUGCAAAGAAGCCUUAACGUUCAAGCUUUGGAGAGGCCAAAGCAGUUUUCCCUUUCAGUCUGAGCUAGGACUCUGUAUUUGGACCUCUCCUGGGGCACGAGGGCUCAAUUUCCUUAUGUUGUUACAAGAUCAACUUGGCAGCAGUGGGUCAGUGGCCCAGGGAGGGCGGUCUUUGCACAUGGGUGGCUUGCUGCCCAUCUGGUUUGUCCUUCCCCAGCUGCCUUUGUCCAGGUUGCUUUUGGUGGCCAAAUCAUUUGUUAAGAGCAGAUGAUUUGGGGAUUGACUGAGUUGGCAGGAAAAGAGCAGGCUGGAUCUCUUGGGACGGGUUCCUCCCAGGAGUAUAAAAACAAGGAGCCGGGAUUGUGCUGGCAAGCAGGGAAACACUAGUGCCUCUUCAAGUUGGCAGAGAGGGCCUUGGCACCACUUGCAUCCAGGCAGUCUUGUGAGAUGGGAGCACAUACCACCAGGAAAAGCAGAACUCCAUUCUCACCUCUAUUUUGAGCUUCAGUGCUUUAUUUCAAUUGAAAAACAACAACAAACUGAAGUGUGCUUUCCGGCCUUUCAAAAGACAACUGUCGGGAAAGGAGAGCUAAGUUGCCAGGUAGGAGGGAGAAUUGGCAGGAGAGACGUUAUGGCAAAACCAGGAAAGAGACAUUCUUGACUCUCCCUUGCUGUGUCAUGAUCCAGGGAAUGAGAAGAAAUUGGACCCUGGAUUAGCUCCCUGCUUGGAUUUGAGGAGUGUCACCUUUCCUUUCCACGAAGGUCUCCCAGGCUAGGACCAGCUGCCCAUUCUGAGCUCAGGGCAGUCUCUUCCACCAUCACUGGGCUAACCUGGCUUGUUAGGAAACCAACCCUGCCCCUCCACAUUGGGCCUGGCUGCUCUGUGUGGUAUCAAGUAUUGGAGAAAAAGUGUCAAGUUCUUGGUAGCCCUUGUAGCUCCUACUCUAGUUUCCCAUCCUCUCCCUGCAGAGGCCAAACCAACUCUUUGUAGCCACAACAUGCAUUUACAGCAGCAGCACAGCAAGAUGUACUUGAGGGGCUUUGAACCUGGCUGGCCAGGGAAGCAGUGGGGGUGGAUAGAGCUGUCUUUCUUUCUGGGCUGUCUCCAUCUGUCCCUACCCCUUCCAGGCCCCACCCCACUCCCACCAAAAAGUAAAAACAUCAGGAUGUUUUUCACUGUCCAUUGCUUUGUGUUUUAAUAAACAAUUUGCAGUGACA